AAGGCGUGGUCGCCGCUGCUCUGAAGCCCGGUGGGCUCGUGGGAGGUGCCCGGGCCGCGGGCGGCGGCGGUGGCGGCUCCCUGACGCUCUAGUUCCCUUAGGGUGGGCACCGGGCGGACCUCACCUCCGGCUCCCCCAGCAUGCGCGGGCGCCCGGGGAGCGGCCGUGGCCGCGGGACCUAGGGAUGCUCUUCCCGGCUGGCCGCUGCGCGCUCCGGUGGCUGCGGCGGCCCCGAGUCCGGCCCUUGUCCCGCGCCGCCAUGGAGGUGGCGUUCCGAGGCGUGCGGAAGAUCCUCUGUGUGGCCGAGAAGAACGACGCGGCCAAGGGGAUCGCCGACCUGCUGUCCGACGGCCGCGCGAGGCGGAGGGAAGGACUUUCUAAAUUCAACAAGAUCUAUGAAUUUGAUUAUCAUCUGUAUGGCCAGAAUGUUACCAUGAUAAUGACUUCAGUUUCUGGACACUUGCUGGCUCAUGAUUUCCAGAUGCAGUUUCGCAAAUGGCAGAGCUGCAAUCCCCUUGUCCUCUUUGAAGCAGAAAUUGAAAAGUACUGCCCAGAGAAUUUUGUAGACAUCAAGAAAACUCUGGAACGAGAGACUCGGCAGUGUCAGGCCCUGGUGAUCUGGACCGACUGUGAUAGAGAAGGUGAAAAUAUUGGGUUUGAGAUUAUCCACGUAUGCAAGGCUGUGAAGCCCAGUCUGCAGGUGUUGAGAGCUCGUUUCUCCGAGAUCACCCCCCGAGCUGUCAGGACAGCCUGUGAAAACCUGACCGAGCCCGAUCAGAGAGUGAGCGAUGCUGUGGACGUGAGGCAGGAGUUGGACCUGAGGAUUGGAGCUGCCUUCACUAGGUUCCAGACCCUGAGGCUUCAGAAGAUUUUCCCCGAGGUGUUGGCAGAGCAGCUGAUCAGUUAUGGCAGCUGCCAGUUCCCAACACUGGGGUUCGUGGUGGAGAGGUUCAAAGCCAUUCAGGCUUUUGUCCCAGAAAUAUUCCACAAAAUUAAAGUAACUCAUGACCACAAAGAUGGAAUUGUAGAAUUCGGCUGGAAAAGGCAUCGUCUCUUUAACCACACAGCCUGUCUUGUCCUCUAUCAGCUGUGUAUGGAGGAUCCCAGGGCGACCGUGGUGGAGGUCAGGUCUAAGGCAAAGAGCAAGUGGAGGCCUCAAGCUUUGGACACUGUGGAGCUUGAAAAGCUGGCUUCUCGAAAGUUGAGAAUAAAUGCUAAAGAAACCAUGAGAAUUGCCGAAAAGCUGUACACUCAAGGGUACAUCAGCUAUCCACGAACUGAAACAAACAUUUUCCCCAGAGACCUAAACCUGACGGCGCUGGUGGAGCAGCAGACCCCGGAUCCACGCUGGGGGGCCUUUGCCCAGAGCAUUUUAGAGCGGGGUGGCCCUACCCCACGCAACGGGAACAAAUCUGACCAAGCUCACCCUCCUAUCCACCCCACCAAAUACACCAGCAACCUACAGGGAGACGAACAGCGACUAUAUGAGUUUAUCGUUCGCCAUUUCCUAGCUUGCUGCUCCCAGGAUGCGCAGGGGCAGGAGACCACUGUGGAGAUUGACAUCGCUCAGGAGCGCUUUGUGGCCCAUGGCCUCGUGAUCCUGGCCCGAAACUAUCUGGAUGUAUACCCAUAUGAUCACUGGAGUAACAAGACCCUCCCUGUCUAUGACAGAGGCUUCUGCUUUCAGCCCAGCACUGUGGAGAUGGUGGAUGGGGAGACCAGUCCACCCCAGCUGCUCACUGAAGCCGACCUCAUUGCCCUCAUGGAGAAGCAUGGCAUCGGUACUGACGCCACUCAUGCGGAGCACAUCGAGACAAUCAAAGCCCGGAUGUAUGUUGGGCUAACAGCAGACAAGCGGUUUCUCCCUGGGCACCUGGGCAUGGGACUUGUGGAAGGUUAUGACUCCAUGGGCUAUGAGAUGUCCAAGCCUGACCUCCGAGCUGAGCUGGAAGCCGAUCUGAAGCUGAUCUGUGAGGGGAAGAAGGACAAAUUUGUGGUUUUAAGGCAGCAGGUCCAGAAAUACAAGCAGGUUUUCAUUGAAGCAGUGGCUAAAGCGAAGAAAUUGGAUGAAGCCUUGUCCCAGUACUUUGGGGAAGGAGCAGAGGUGCCCCAGCAAGAAGCCAUCUACCCAACUGUGCCAGAGCCCAUCAGGAAGUGUCCACAAUGCAACAAGGACAUGGUCCUCAAGACCAAGAAGAGUGGCGGGUUCUACCUCAGCUGCACGGGUUUCCCAGAAUGUCGCUCAGCCGUGUGGUUCCCCAGCUCUGUGCUGGAGGCCAGCAGGGAUGGGAGCGUGUGUCCAGUUUGUCAGCCACACCCUGUUUACAGGUUGAAGUUAAAGUUCAAACGUGGUAGCCUUCCCCCGACCAUGCCUCUGGAGUUUGUUGGCUGCAUUGGCGGAUGUGAUGAGACCCUGAGGGAGAUCUUGGACCUGAGAUUUUCACAGGGCCCCCCGAGAGCUUACCAGCCAGGCAGCCGGCCCUCUGGCUACCUUCAGGCUAGCCAGUCCCUGAACAGAAUGGACAGCAGCCAGCACAGCCACCCCCAGCCUCCUGACACCAGGCCCACCAGGCCCUCAAAGGCUCUGGCUCCGGCUCUACCACCACCCACUGCCACUGGUGAAGGCAACGCUGUGACCUGCAACUGUGGCCAGGAGGCCGUGCUGCUCACUGUCCGGAAGGAGGGUCCCAACCAGGGCCGGCAGUUCUAUAAGUGCAACAGUGGCAGUUGCAACUUCUUCCUGUGGGCUGAUAGCAGCCAUCUGGAGGCAGGAGGGCCUCCUUCCUCUGCAUUGAGACCCCUGGGUGGCUCACUGGACCGCCCACCCAGCUCAGGGAACCACUCGGGUAGGUUUGGCAGCCUUGGUGAUGACAGUGGUGGUGGCACGUCCUGCCUGUGCAGCCAACCUGCCAUUACACGGACUGUGCAGAAGGAUGGGCCCAACAAGGGGCGCCAGUUCCACACAUGCGCCAAGCCAAGAGAGCAGCAGUGCGGCUUCUUUCAGUGGGUGGACGAGAAUGCAGCCCCAGGGGCUUUUGGAGCCCUACCCUGGCCAGGAGGCAGAGGAAAAACCCAGAGGCCGGAGGCCAGAAGCAAAAGAGCCCGAGCCGGUUCCUCAGACACAGGAUCCAUGACCAAGAAACCCCGGAAGUGCAGCCUUUGCCAUGAGCCUGGACACACCCGUCCCUUCUGUCCUCAGAACAGAUGAGGGCAGAGGAGGGGAGAGAGGCCACUUCCUCUGCCUGCCCCUUUGGUCGGAAAUAAGUUGUUUUCUGUAGGACCAGGUGGCCCUUCACUGCCCAGGAGGCUUUGAGGAAAGUGGCAACUUUUGGGGUCUGGCCUGCCUGUGUGAAGGAGUCAAGAUCCAGACUGCUUUCUCGAGAAGUCCACCUCUGUUGGACAGUGGCCCUUUGCCUGGGGCUCAGGAAUGAUCGCAGCACUGCUGAGAAGUCAUGGAAGCUGCUCCCUGCAACCCCACAGGGAUUGUCGCUGUCAGUGUAGCCGAGAGGCUGGUAGCUAGAGCUUUCAGCUGUGGCUCCGGGACUGCCUUGGCCUCCCAAAAGCCUUCUGAGGGAAGGCCGGCACUGCCAGUGCAGGCUCUGGCCUGGAAGGGGCUUCCCUCCCCACACAUCCCCAUAAAGGAGGGUGUGAUGCAAGGAAGUGGCACUGGUGUCUCUACAAGAAGUUUAUCCUCCUUUAUGUAGAUGCUGCUGCCAGGACACACAUGUGCUCACAUGCCUUAAUAAAGAAUUCCCCCCCUUGGUA